AUGCCUUCUUUGUCCCGCUGGCUCAACUCACUCAAUAUUAGAGAAUCAGAUAGCUCGAUACCGACCGAAAACGUCCCAGCGCAAACGGUCACGAGCUACUUUCUCGCCCCCUCCGUCCCCCCCGACCCUACCUCUUCUAGCCCUAUCCUCUACGCGGUCCCACCACCCAAUAGAUCGCAGAAACAGCCACCUGGAUCGCUCCAUUUCGGUUUCACUCACCCCUCGUCCGCCUCGUCCUCGUACGAGACGUCGACCUUCUUCCUCUCCUGCGUGCCGGACCCGAUUGGCUACCUUGCCCAUUCGGCCUCGUUCAUCAGGUCUCACCUCGGCUCGGGCUCAAGCGGUCCUUCCAAGUGGAGACAUAGCGAUCUCCAUCUGAUAUUGGAGGACGAGGACGGUCUGGCGUAUACAUCCGCAGGAAAGAUCCACAUCAGCUUACGCUGGGUAGGGGAUCUCGAGCGUCAGGUCAAGGAUGGGGCUAGGGACAUGCAGAGCGCCACGAAAGAGAUUAAGGGUGUCUUGCUACAUGAGCUGGUACACGCUGUUCAGUAUGAUGGCCACGGCUCUACCCCUAUCUGGUUGAUCGAAUCCAUCGCAGACUACGUCCGCCUGCAAGCGGACCUCGGACCGCCACACUGGCGCCAUCCUGGACAGGGGAAGGCAGAGAAAGGGUGGGAGGACGGGUACGAUGCCGGCGCCCAAUUCCUCUCCUGGCUGGUGGGCGCUACUGGUGUCGAGGCGGACGAUCAGGCGUCCCACGCCGGUGACACCUCUUCACCGUUACCUCGGCCAACACCCACAGCGACCGGCGCUGCAUCCGCCGUACCUCCGCCGCAGGCGACCCAAUAUCCAGCCGAGAUGCGUCCACCUUCGCCAGGUCCGGAACCCAAGAAGGGCAGAAAGCGACCCGGUCCUUGGCCGGGAUUUGUCAAGAGCUUGAAUGCCAGACUGGAGCACGAGAGGUACACGGAGAGAUGCUGGGCGGACCUUACAGGGCAGCAGGGCGGUCUAGAAGAGUUGUGGGCUGCGUAUCUCGGACACUAUGCGUAG